ACAACAGCGACAACAACAACGACAACGACAAGCCAAACAAACUCCAAGUGAAAAGCUGUAUGCUUUUACCAAAACUAUUUGAACUUAACUUCAAUCUGCACGAAAUCUCCCAUUAAUUUUUUUAAUACAUUUUCCUUUAUACAAAUAAAAAUGCCCAUCGACUACAGCAAGUGGGACAACCUCGAGCUCUCCGACGACUCCGACGUCGAGAUCCACCCCAACAUCGAGCGUGGUACGUUCCUGCGUUUGCGGCAAAAAAAAAUCCGCGACGACCGCGAGAACCGCCGCAUCAAGCGCGAAGGCAACGAAGCCAUGAUUACAAUGAACAAGGAUCUCAUCGAGCGCAUCAGCAAGCUGCGCGCCCAAGUACUCGAGGCAGACGAGCCCAAGAUGAACGCCAUCCUGCAACAAUGGCAAACGGACGUGGCUGAAGCCCACAAGCACAAGGUGGAGCGCGACGGGGCUAUUUCCCAGGGCAAACAGCCCGAGCAGCCAUCUGAGGAGGACAUGAUGGCUGCGCUCAAGGCGCGCAUCAGCGAUGAUCUGCUCAAGGCCGCUGCCAAGCUGGACUCGCUGGAGGAGAAGCAGGCCGAGUUUGCUAAGCAGCUCGCUGUGCAUGUGGAGAACCUGCGUAAGAAUUUGCAAACUGCUGAGCGCGAGUUGGAGCAGGUGAAGAAGGAGGAGGCCAAGCAUGUUGCCCCUGACUCCAUUGUCCACGAUGGCUUUGAUCGCUCGUUUGUCAGCACCGCCAAGCCUGCGGAUGCCAACAAAAGCAGUAUCAGCGCGAAGAAGACCACUGUGACGACUGACGAGGUGCUCAAUCCCGGCAGCGUGGGCAAGCACAGUGGUGUGGCUGUGGAGGAGGAGGAGAUCGAGGGUAUGGACGAGAACGGCGAGCUGGAGCUGGACAGCGACGCCCGGGCCUUUGCCAAACUCUCAAAAUUGACCGAUUCCAACGAUUUUAUUCGCAAGAACCUGUCUAUAAUCAGCGACCGCAAGAGUGACCAGAUCAUGGCUCAGGCCUUCACUAUGGAGCUCGACGGCAAAAAGAAGCUUGCCCGCCAGUACGUCAAGCAGGCUCUUAUCCUCACAUACAUUCUCAAGAUGGGCGCCUCGGGCGUCAAUGUAUUUUUCAACCGUGUGGGGCCCAAGGGCCCGGCCCAGGACAGUUUUGAGAGGGACGUUGCCUCGUAUUACGAGCGCAUCGAGGAGCGCUGCAAGGUCAUUAAGAGCGAGAGAGAUGCCGAUGAUGCCGAUGCUGAGCCUGAGGUCGAGUCCAUCCAGCUCCAAUGCGACGACCCUAAUGCGCCCAUCCGCAUCUAUGUUCCCGGCGAGGACGAGGAGGAUGCCCAGCGCCUGGAGCUGUUUGACCAGCUGCCGGAGGACUUUAAGGACUCUCUGCGCGUGGGCACGCUGGAGGCUAUCAACAAGGUGCUGGCCACUGUGUCCGGCUCUGAGGCCGAGCGCCUGUUGGGUAUCUGUGGUGAAGGUGGCUUCUUGGCUAUUGAUGGCGAGAUUGUCGUCGAUCCGAGCGAGAAUGCCGAGCAGUCUACCAACUAGUCGCAAAAGCAAUGUGUCAUUUUUUCUUAUUUCAUUUCGUAUAUUUUUUUGCUGCAAAAGUCAUCAA